GGGCGUGAAAUGGGCGUCUCCACAAUAUACCGUACAUGACAGGACUCUACUUCGAAGAAGAACAUUUCAGAUCCACCCUUCUUGAGAUACGUAUUCUAAUCUGUGCGAAAAGGUUAACAAAACAGUAUUGCCACAUGGACACAUUUUUUCUCAUAUCAAUAAUUGCUCCAAGAAAAGGACUGUAAACGUAUUUGCACGGGCUUGACUUAUUAAAUGGAAGGCCGAAAAGCUUUACGCAUACAGAAUUAUCGCUUUCUACCUUUGAUUUGUGUUGUAUUGUAGUCUAUGCGAGGUAAACAAUGUCCAGCACUAAAUCAGAAGUUAGCGCUUCAGGGUCGGUUGUCUCGGACCCUCAACACUCUCAGAAACUUCUCAAGGCCCUUCGCUCGUUCUGUCAAGAACAAUCCUUCCAAGAUGCAGUGUUAGUGCUGGACGGGGAACAGAUUCCAGUCCAGAAAAACAUUUUGGCGGCGGCUAGUCCAUAUAUCAGGACAAAGCUGAAUUACAACCCUCCAAAGGAAGAUGGUUCCAUGUACACUAUUGAGCUACAGGGAAUCUCUGUUACUAUCAUGAAGAAGAUUAUGGAGUACAUUUAUUGUGGGGAGAUCAGUCUCAAUGAGGACACCAUUCAGGACAUGGUGCAGGCUGCUGACCUCCUGCUCCUGACAGACCUGAAGUCCUUGUGUUGCCAGUUCCUGGAAAGCUGCAUCGCUGCAGAGAACUGCAUUGGAAUACGUCUCUUCUCUCUACAUUACUGCCUGCACCAUGUUCACCAUGUUGCCACAGAAUUCCUCCAGACGCAUUUCCGUGACGUGGCAGCCACGGAGGAGUUUAGUGAGUUACCCGUAGACCGGCUGUGUGAGAUCCUGUCCAUGGAGAAGCUCAAUGUGGGCAAUGAGAAGCAUGUUCUGGAGGCUGUGGUGCGUUGGCUCAGCCAUGACCUAGAAGAACGACGGGUGCACAUGAAGGAGGUGAUGGCAUCUGUGUGGAUCCAGGGGCUGGACCAGAGCUACCUGAGAGAGCAGAUGUUGGGAGAGCCUCUGAUGAGGGAGGUGGUCAGGGAGUACUGCAAUGCUCCACUAGGUGACACACCACUGCAGGGCGAGGCUCUCCUAGCUGCCUUCAAACCCCGUGGCUACUCGGAGUGCAUCGUCACUGUGGGGGGGGAGAUGAGAGGAACACGGAAGCUGUCAGCGGUGGCACGCUGUAUGUGUCCACUCUAUGACCCAAACCGCCAGCUGUGGAUUGAGCUGGAGCCAAUGAGCAUUGGGCGAAUAGGGCAUGGAGUGCUUGCAGCAGAGGGCUAUCUCUUUGUGAUGGGUGGCAUGGAUGAAACCAAGACUGUCCUGAGCAGUGGAGAGAAAUAUGACCCAGAAACAAACACUUGGAGCCCCAUUCCUUCCAUGAAACAGGCGAGGCAGAACUUUGGUGUCGCAGAGCUGGAUGGGAUGAUCUAUGUGUUGGGAGGAGAGAAUGAGGACUUGGAGCUCCUGACUGUGGAGGUGUUUGACCCUCACUUACACACCUGGACGUCCCAAACCAGCAUGACCAUGGUCCGCAAGAUUGGCUGCUAUGCCACCAUGAAAAAGAAGAUCUAUGCCAUGGGUGGUGGGUCGUAUGGAAAGCUGUAUGACUCAGUAGAAUGCUAUGAUCCAAAGACACAGCAGUGGACAGCCAUCUGCCCUUUGAAAGAGAGAAGGUUUGGCUCAGUGGCAUGUGGUGUGGGUCAGGAACUAUAUGUGUUCGGAGGCGUGAGGAACCGUGACCUGGACAACCUAGAAUCCAGCCCCAUGACCACUUGCAAGUCUGAGUUUUUUCAUGAUGAAAUGAAAAGGUGGAUAUACCUGGAUGAUCAGAAUCUCUGUGUUCAGACUAGCUCCUCCUUUGUGUACGGUGCGGUCCCAAUUGGAGCCAGCAUCUAUGUAGUGGGAGACCUAGACACUGGUACGGCUUAUGACUACGUGAGGGAGUUCCGCCGCAGCUCGGGGACGUGGCACCGCACCAAACCCAUGUUGACAGCUGACCUGUGCAAGACUGGCUGCGCUGCGCUGCGCAUCGCUAACUGCAAACUGUUCCGUCUGCAGCUGAAGCAGGGUCUGUUUAGACUUGGUGUCCCAUCCGCCCAGCACAUUUAGCUGCUCUGUCUCCACAUUCACACUCAUUCUUUGGCUAUGGGCACAGCAAUGGGACAUUAGAAUCGAGGUUACAGACAGGACCAUCCAGAGAGGACCUUGGAAGUCAUCAUCGGUGUAUCUUGGUGACUUUUUUUAGGGUGUUAUUGUUUGUGUGGGCUCAUGCCUUUAAAGGGAUGGCUUUUUUUGUUUUUGUUUACUACUGUAGGUUUAGCUGCUUUUCGUGGUUUAGUGCAUUGAAUGCCAUGUUUAAGGGGAGAAAAGCAAUAACGCAGUAGUAGUGUAAUUUUUGCUGCCAGGUCUACCAUUUUAUCAGCAUUUUUUCCAAAUUAGUCACUGAAGGACAGCUAGAUACACAAAGAGAAUCUCAAAAGAACAAAUGCUGUUUUCAUUGUAACUUUAGCUAAGGGACUUGUGCCUAUUAUGACAACUAGAGAUCUGCAGGGGCUGUGUACACUGGCAGACCCUUUAUUAUCUUUUUAAUUCAUUGAUAAUUUUACCAAUUAUUUCAGCUCUGAAAAAGUGAUAGGAUCUAAAGAAUCUAAUCACCUAAACACCUUUUUCAGAGCUGAAAUUAUUGGUCCAAAUACCUAAGAAUUUAAAAGAUAAUGUAUAUGCUAGUAUAAACACAGCUACGGAGACUUAUACAAGAAGUUGUUCCUUAGCUAAGGGACUUGUGGCCUGUAAAAUAAUAUAAUCUUAACAAAAAAGGUUUUAACUUAAAGGAGACUGUUUUUAUAGAACGCUUUUACUCAUAUUACCUCAAAUUGACACUGGUGACACCGCUGUUUAGUGGAUGUAGAGUUUUACAUUAACCAAACAAAUGUAUGCGUGUUUUGGGUGUUUCUCUUAAGUUUGAAGAUGUAUUUUGCUGUUGGCCUUUGAACUGUCUGUCGAGUCGGUGUAGACUAUUCUAUUGAGUUAUAGAUGUUGCUGGCCAUCCCAAAUUAAAGUAAAUGCAUCACAUAGACAUUACUUAACACCAAGAAACAUUAAGCGUUGCAUUCACACAUACUUGAUGCCUUUAUGCAGCUAACAGAGCUCAGGGUAAUUAUGAAAAGCACGAACGGUACAUUUAAAACCAGGUACUAUACCCAACCACAAUAUUAAUGUAACAUGCUAUACAUUGUUACGAUGAAUUGCUGAGACACUCUACAUAUUCCAUAGUGACCCUUACCAGUUUAUAGUAAACACUAUCUUGAUUCUAGUCAACCUAACAGGGCUUUCACAAAACAUGGCCCAUUGUGUAGCUAUCAAAACACUUUUAUGCAGUUUGUUCACUGAGUUCUGAAAUAGUACCAGUAAAUGUGUUUGUUAACCAAAAGGGAGAUGAGAGCCGCUUUUCAAAGCUGUUUGUAUUUUUGUAUUCAAUUAUGUGCAGUAGCAAUGAAGCUGUCAUGGAAUUAGCACACUAAAGUGUCUUUGGUUUAAUUAAUUCAUUUAAUUCAUUAAACUCAACUCUGUCUGGGCAACUC